AUGGUGGAUGAAUUUCUUUACUCUCCGAUCAAACCACACUUCUUCCAGCCUCUUCUUCCAGGCUUCCACACUCACCUCAACAUUCCUGUAGCUUUCUUCUCGAAGCACGUCGUAGGAAGACACGACCACGUCAAGAUUGCGAAACUGAGAACAUAUGCGUCUGAUAAAAAUUGGAAAGUGAAGAUGGAUGGCUCGAAGCUCACUGAUGGAUGGGAAGAUUUUGCAGUUGCGCAUGAUCUCAGAGUUGGUGACAUGAUCGUUUUCAGACAUGAAGGAGAAAUGGUGUUUCAUGUCACAGCUUUGGGACCAAGUUGCUGUGAGAUUCAGUAUACAUCAACUCACAACAUCAAUGAUGAUAGUCAUGAUGAGACCAACAAUAUUGGAAACAGUUCAAGAGAGAAGAGGAAAAGAGUGAAGAAGAAUCCAAAACCAGUUCCACAAGCUUCAUUACACAGUUCUUGUUAUGUGGGAUCUGUCAGUAAUUCUAGCCUGAAACAUAAUAAGCUGUAUCUUGGGAAGGAGUUUGUGGCUGCAAAUGGUCUAAACAAAGGAUGCAGUGAGAUAGUUUUAAAGAAUGAACGUGGAGGAAGAUGGACUUUACCUUUGAAACAUUACAAAUCAAUCAACCAUACUUAUCUAGGACCAGGCUGGACCCCAUUCUGUCAAGUAAACGGGAUCAAAGCUGAAGAUUCCUUCAUGUUUAAACUGGUUAGAACCGGGGACAAGCCUGUUCUUUGUUUGUGCCCUGAAGAAUCAUCCCACCGCGACAAAACGCCAUUAGAGUGUCUAGAAGAUAGUGAUGAUGUGAAUCCUCUCUCCUCUAGUACUUGCAGCGGAGACAAGAGUAGCAAGUCCAAAGAAAGUAAAGAGGAGAGUCUUGGAGACAAGAGAGCUUCAUCUUCAUAUAGUGAAGACCGAUUUUUGACGUUAACUCUCACACAAAAAGCUGUUAAACGCUAUCAACUGUUUCUUCCGAUGGGUUUCGCGAAGAGGAAUGGCAUCAACAAGCCAGGGAAGAUAACUCUGUUGGGUCAAGAUGGAACCAUUCCUGUAGCUUUCUUUUUGAAGCACGUCCAAGGAAGAAACGACCAGAUCAAAAUUGCCAAACUGACAACAGAUGCGUCCGACAAUACUUGGACAGUGAGGAUGGACGGCUUGAAACUUACCCAUGGCUGGGAAGAUUUUGCACUCGCGCAUGAUCUCAGAGUUGGUGACAUGAUCGUUUUUAGACAUGAAGGAGAACUAGAGUUUCACGUCACAGCUUUGGGACCAAGUUGCUGUGAGAUUCAGUAUACAUCAUCUCACAACAUCAAUCAUAAUCAGACCAACAACAUCGAUGCGUGUUCUUUAUCAGAUCAUUCUCGUUUUGUAGCAAAAGUCUCAUCCUCGAAUCUAAGACUCGAUCGACUGUAUUUGCCAAUGAGCUUUGCGAGGACAAACGGUUUGGACAAAAUGAGCGGUGAGGAGAUCAUUCUUCUUAACGAAGAAGGAAGAUCAUGGAGUUUGAAAUUGAAACACGACAAGUCAGACAUGCAUACUUUUAUCAGACCUGGUUGGAGAAGAUUCUGCGCUGAAAAUGGGAUGAGCCAUGGUCACUAUACAUUGAAACUGGUCCGAAACUCUGGACCACCGGUUAUUAAGUUGUGCGGCCAAGUGCAUAAUCGACCAAAACAAGUUCCAGUAGUAUCUUCAUUACACCAUUCUUGCUUUGUGGGAUCUGUCACUUCUAAUAGCCUCAAAACUGAUAAACUGUAUCUUGGGAAGAAGUUUGUUAGUGAAAAUGGUCUGGAUAGAGGAUGUAGUGAAGUAGUUUUGAAGAAUGAAUGGGGAGGAAGAUGGAGUUUAGCUUUGAGAUGCUAUGAAUCAGCCAAGCAGACUUAUCUUGGACCAGGCUGGAGAACUUUCUGUCAAGUAAACGGGAUCAAAGUUGGAGAUUCCUUCAAGUUUAAACUGGUUGGAACAGGGGACAAUCCUGUUCUCUUGUUGUGCACUAGAAAAACGCCAUUAGAAUGUCCAGAAGAGAGUAGUGGGUCAGAUACUAGCAGCGGAGAUGAUAGUAGCAAAUCCCAAGAAAGUGAAGAGGAGAGUCUUGGAGACAAGAACAUCUCACAGUAGUGCGUUAAGAUGGAGAAAAAUGAAGAAUUUCUAGAGAUGCAGAACACCAAACGAAAGUCUCUUUGAGAGAAGAAGCUUGCUCAGCAGUAUUCUCUUGCUAUCCGUCAACUUUCUUUUAGCUUGAAUAACUUAGAUUCGCAGCAGUGUAUUGACUGCAUUUCCUUGUUGUUUCAAUCUAGAUGUCUACUCAUAUAGAAAGGGCUGCCUUUGAUUAUUUAGAAGUUUCUAAUUUCUUAGCUG